AUGCAUAAAGUUUAUAAUACAGAAUGCAAUCCUUGUUCCAGCGCAGUGCCUAAGCAUUAUCAGCACAUCUUAGCCUUGGCGUUUGCAGUGAAGGAGAUCAAUGAAAACCCUCAGCUCUUAUCCAAUAUUACCUUGGGUUUUCAAAUCUAUGACAGCUAUUUCAAUGCAAAGUGGACCUAUCAUGCCACAAUGCUACUUUUAUCUUCACUGAGGAGAUUUUUCCCCAACUACAAAUGUGGCACUCAGACAAACCUAAUAGCAGUUAUUGGUGGACUGGACUGCCAAACUUCUCUUCAUGUAGCAACUAUCUUGGAUAUAUAUAAAAUUCCACAGCUCAUAUAUGGCCCUGAUCCAGUGAUGCAUGACAAAAUCCCAGGUCUUUACUUCUACCAGCUGGUCCCACGGGAAGCCCUUCAGUAUGAAGGGAUUCUUUCUUUGCUUCUGCAUUUCAGAUGGACGUGGAUUGGGAUCAUUGUUAUGGAUAAUGACACUGGAGAAAGAAUUUUGCAAACUGUUCUUCCAGUGUUUUCCCGGAGUGGUGUCUGUUUUGCCUUUGUAGAGAGAUGUCCCAUGUUAUCCUUGGUCACUGAAAUUGAAGACAUGUUUCAAGAGGGGGCAAGAAUACAUGAUAAAAUCAUGGGCACCAAAACCAAUGUAUUGGUGGCUAAUGGAGAAUCUUAUUCUGUUGUGUUUCUGAGAUGGUUGCCCUAUCUGUCAAAACAAGAACAUGCCAGCAAUGAACCUAAAGGCAAAGUGUGGAUAAUGACAGCCCAAAUGGAACUCACCUCAGUGGUGUAUCAAAGGACAUGGGAUGCACAAAUACUCCAUGGUGCUCUGUCCUUUACAUUUCACUCUAAAGAUCUGCCAGGAUUUCAAACAUUUAUUGAGAGCAGAAACCCUUCCACCACAAAAGGAGAUGAUUUUAUCAGGGACUUCUGGCAACAGGCUUUCAGUUGUACAUUCCCAGAUACGGGUUUUGGCAAUGUGAUAGGAGAUAUUUGCACAGGGGAUGAAAAGCUGGAGAGUCUUCCUGGUCCUUUUUUUGAAAUGAACGUGACUGGUCACAGCUACAGCAUUUACAAUGCUGUCUACAUUGUGGCCCAUGCUUUACACGCUAUGUUUUCAUCUAGAUUUAAAAACAGAGCAAUGGAAGAUGGAAAAAGAGGGAAGCUUCAGAAUCAAAAUCUGUGGCAGCUUCAUAACUUUCUGAGAAGUGUUGCAUUUAACAACAGUGCUGGGGAUAUGAUUUAUUUCAACCAGAAUGGGGAGCUAAUAGCUGGAUUUGAUAUUAUUAACUGGAUUGUUUCUGCCAACCAAUCUUUUCAUAGAAUGAAAGUUGGGAGAAUGGAUCCCCAGGGUCCUUCAGACCAAAGACUCAGCAUCAAUGAAGAUGCUGUAACAUGGAAUAGCUGGUUUAAUCAGGUGAGGCCUCUUUCUGCAUGCAGUGAGAGUUGCUAUCCUGGUUCAAGGAAGAAAGUGAAGGAGGGGGAGCCAUUUUGUUGCUAUGAUUGCAUCCCGUGUCCAGAAGGGAAAAUUUCAGAGCAGAAAGACAUGAAUGAUUGUUAUAAAUGUGCAGAGGAAAACUAUCCAAACAAUAAACAGGAUUUCUGUCUCCACAAGACUGUAAUCUUCUUGUCUUAUGAAGAACCUUUGGGGCUCAUUUUAGCUUGUUGUGCUCUUUCCUUUGCUUUGACCACAGCUCUGGUGCUAGGGAUAUUUAUAAAGCACCACAACACUCCCAUUGUCAAAGCCAACAACCAGGACCUCACCUACACUCUCCUCAUCUCCAUCCUACUCUGCUUCCUUUGUACAUUGUUGUUCAUUGGCCAGCCUCAGAAGGUGACAUGUCUCCUCCGACAAACAGCUUUUGGCAUCAUAUUCUCAGUGGCUAUUUCUUGUGUAUUGGCAAAAUCCAUCACUGUGGUUCUGGCUUUCAUGGCCACCAAACCUGGAUCCAGGAUGAGGAAGUGGGUGGGGAAGAAGCUAGCCAACAUCAUUGUGAUUUCCUGCUCCUUUAUUCAAGCUGGAAUUUGUACUGUGUGGCUGACUACUUCCCCCCCUUUCCCAGACAUUGACAUGAACUCACUGACUGAAGAAAUUUUACUGGAAUGUAAUGAGGGGUCUGUGACUCUGUUUUAUGGUGUCUUGGGCUACAUGGGCUUCCUGGCCAUUGUUAGCUUUACUGUGGCUUUCUUCUCCAGGAAGUUGCCGGACAGUUUCAAUGAAGCCAAAUUCAUCACUUUCAGCAUGUUGGUCUUCUGCAGUGUGUGGUUAUCUUUUAUUCCAACCUAUCUGAGCUCCAAGGGAAAACUCAUGGCUGCUGUAGACAGCUUCUCUAUCUUAGCCUCCAGUGCUGGACUGCUGGGUUGCAUCUUUUCCCCAAAAUGUUAUAUUAUUUUGCUGAAGCCUGAACUGAACAAGAGAGAACAGAUAAUAAGAAGAUGA